ACAAUGAAUAAUGAUGUAACCUGUAAAUCAUCAACGGAUCGUGCGCGUAUCGAAACCACGCUAUGUUGUUUGUUGUGAUUUCGUGCAGAUGGCGCAACGGUCUCAUAAACUGCGUAUCUCAAACUGACGUUUUUGGUUAUUUUUGUUCUCGCCUCGUGUUUACUUUAGUGUCUAAUUUCGGUCCAAUUGCGAAAAAUUUGUUGUGCAACAACACUUUAAUCAAUAUUUCGAUCAUACACGGAAUCGCCAUACGGAAUAGUAUCGAUCCGCAGUUCCCGAUAGGUAUAUGUAUACAGUAUCACGUGGUGGUGUGGUGGUUUAUAUAAUUCUUGUUUACCGCACAAGUCGAAACUUUGCGCAUGUGCGUCCCGUCAGUAACCUCAAAUCGUAGAACGGGCUCGGAGUCGGCAGGUUCCGGACAUCCGGGUCGCGGAGCAGCGGAUCCGGCACGCGUGUGAACUUGUGAUGUGCCCUUGUGCCAGCAGUGGCAGUGCGCGUCCCGCGUGUGGACCGAAGCGCUGGUGAUACUCGCGCGCGCCUGACAUGGCCCAGACUCAGUUCUCGCGGAGCUCGGAGAGCGACGCGUGGGCGCUGCUCUCGCUCAAGUCGCCCCCGUCGCCUUCGAAAGUGCAGUGGGCCCAGGAGCCGGCUCCGGUGGCCAUCGCGCGGCUCGACGGGAGAGACUUUGAGUACUUGAUCCGGCAGAAGCGCGUGGUGAUCGGGCGCAACUCGAGCCGCGGUGAAGUGGACGUUAACAUGGGACACUCUAGUUUCAUAUCGCGGCGUCAUUUGGAGUUGUUUUACGACCAGCCGGAGUUCUACCUGACGUGCAACAGCAAGAACGGCGUGCUGGUGGACGGCGUGUUCCAGCGGAAGGGCUCGGCGCCGAUGCUGCUGCCCAAGAGAUGCACGCUACGUUUCCCUUCCACGAACAUCCGCCUGGAAUUCCAGUCGCUAGUAGAAGAGAGCGGCGGCGGGGCGGGGGGCAGUUCCGGCCCGCCGCUGCCGCCGCUGCGCAUCACCAUCCCCGUCGACAACGACGGCCGCAGCCCCGCGCCUUCGCCUACUGGCACAAUAAGCGCAGCGAACAGUUGUCCGACGUCACCGCGCGGCGCCGGCUCCUCGGCGCGGCGGCACGCGGACCUGGGACUAGUAGCGCAGCACUACGCUGAGCUCGCGCAACGACCCACCUCCAACGGCACUGCUGCCUCCGCCGCGUCGGACUCGGGCUACAGCAGCCGCGACGUGCGCGAGCGCGACCGCGACCACCGCGAGCGCGACCACCGGGACGACGCCAAGCCGCCCUACAGCUACGCGCAGCUCAUCGUCCAGGCCGUGGCUUCAGCGCCGGACAAGCAACUCACGCUUAGCGGGAUAUACAGCUAUAUUACGAAGCAUUAUCCUUAUUAUCGCACGGCCGAUAAGGGCUGGCAAAACUCUAUACGUCACAACUUAUCACUUAACAGAUACUUUAUAAAAGUACCGCGCAGCCAGGAGGAGCCGGGCAAGGGCAGCUUCUGGCGCAUCGACCCGCAGAGCGAGGGCAAGCUCAUCGAGCUCGCCUUCCGGCCCCGGCGGCCCCGCGGCGUGCAGUUCCGCGCGCCCUUCGGCCUCUCCUCCAGGAGCGCGCCCACGUCGCCGUCGCAGGUGGGCGUGUCGGGGCUGGUGACGCCCGAGGAGCUUUCCCGGGAGCCCACCCCCGACCUCUUUACCACCGAGGACCACGACCAGAGCGGUCAGCAGCGGUUGAACAACUCCGGGUCGCAGGCGGCGCAGUACCUGUUCCCCGGCCGCAGCGGCGUCAGCCAGAGCGCGCCCGGCUCGCCAGGGCACGGCAUCUCGUACAGCGCGGGCAGCAGCGGGCUGGUGGUGGCGGGGCACCAGAUCACCGUCGUCACCAACGGUGCCGGCGGCGAGCGGGAAGAGAAGUACGUGGUGGGCACGAGCACGGGCGGGCUGGUCUCCAUCCAGGAGGAGGACGCGCUGCAGCAGGAGCCCUACCUGCAGGGCAGAUACUCGGGCGACAUGGAGGCGCUGGCCGGCGAGCUGGUGAUCGAGGCGGCGCCGCUGGAGCCGCCGCACAAGCGCCAUCGCCAUCGCGACGUGUCGGAGGCGGAGGAGCGGCGCGCGUAUUGACGCGCGGCGCGGUGAGGCCCCCGCGGACCCGCGGUGGAGGAUUGUACUCCACACGCCACACCACACACCACACUGUACCCGGUACCGCCGCCAUCUUGCACGAACUCCACGGACAGACCGAGCGCAGCG